CUCUUCUAGGACUGGGUUUUUCCAGCCGGAGUCUCACUCCCUCUACAGCAAUCUCGGGAAAUUGGAGACGACGCGGCUGCUCCUGAACAUUAUUUAUUUCUUUCCUCUUUCCCUCCCGCGGGGACCCUCCUGUUGGAAGGAGAGCUGCAGCACAGGACGGAGACAGGCAGGAAGAAGCAGAGAGGACUCGGUGACGCCCCCUGAGUAGCUCCCGGCCCACUCCUCCAGCAGGGGCCAUGAGCACCAAGCAGGAAGCCAGGAGAGAUGAGGGAGAAGCCAGGACCAGGGGGCAGGAGGCACAGCUUCGAGACCGAGCCCACCUGAGCCAGCAGCGCCGGCUCAAACAGGCCACCCGGUUCCUGCACAAGGACUCGGCCGACCUGCUCCCGCUGGACAGCCUCAAGAGGCUCGGCACCUCCAAGGAUUUGCAGCCGCACAGUGUGAUACAAAGACGCCUGGUAGAGGGAAACCCGAACUGGCUUCAGGGGGAGUCUCCCCGGGUGCAGGCCCUGAUUCAUGGCCAGGAGAUCAGGAGGAAGACCAGCAGGACAGAGAUUCCAGCUCUUCUGGUCAACUGCAAGUGCCAGGACCUGCUGCUUAGAGUGGCCGUGGACACAGGUACCCAAUACAAUCGGAUCUCUGCUGGAUGUCUCAGCCGUCUGGGGUUAGAGAAGAAGGUCCUAAAAGCCUCAGCUGGGGACCUGGCCCCUGGGCCCCCAACCCAGGUGGAGCAGUUAGAGCUACAGCUGGGGCAGGAGACCGUGGUGUGCUCGGCACAGGUGGUGGGUAAGUUCCCGCUUCUGCAACAGCCCUGGUGCUCACCUCUCACCUUUCUCUUCAGGGUGGGGCAAAGGCAGAGACUUUCGGUCCCUGCAGCACAAGGAGUCCGCAGAGAUGUUCUGACCACCCCUCCUCUCUGUGCCAGUGCCCUUGGAUCUGGGGAUGGGGUGGGCAGAGAAGGAGUGAGGGCUGAGAGGAGGGCAGCAUGACCACUGGGAACACUCAGCCUCUUCUGUUUUCAAAUGGUUCCUGUAGAUGUUGAGAGUCCUGAAUUCUGUCUGGGCCUGCAGACUCUGCUUUCUCUCAAGGUAAGGCACCCACACUCAGGGCCUGAUCCAAAGCACUGGGAAAAAGCAGUAGAAGGCACAGGUGUGGAAGCCUGGACCAGGCUCUGAUGAGAGUGACUUAGAGACUGGCAAUUGUCCCUUUGCUUCCUUAGAGGUUCCUUACUUACCACCCAGUGACAAGUCAAGAGAACUGGGUCACCCCCUCCAACAGGAGUCAAGGGAAAUGGGGAUAAGGGGGAGAGCAGAAGGCAGGUGGAAGCUGUGGGAAGUGGGAGGCAGGUGACGGGCUGAGGUGACCUGGCAUGACUGCUCUACACCCCACAGUGCUGCAUCGACCUGGAGCGCAGAGUGCUGCGGCUGAAAGCCCCUUUCUCAGAGCUACCCUUCCUGCCUCUGUACCAAGAACCUGGCCAGUGACUGCUGUCUCAGUCAGUCCCCAGAGGGAAAGACCUUGCCUUAGCAGAAGAGGCGUGUGGGGAACGGGUGUUCUUGAAGCCAGGUAGCUGGGGACUACGGUGUCUGUCCUUUCAAUCACCACCCUGACCCUUGCUGUCCCAUUUCCCCCAGCUGGCCACAUUCCUCUCUGCUUCUCAGCAGCUAUCCUACUCCCCAGGAGGAGUUUUCACUAGAGCGCCCACGAUGCCAGGAUUCUCAUUCAUUUCCCUCCCAAGAAGAGCAAAGCCAAAUCAGGACCACAGAUGGGAAGCUAAGCAAAACGGGGUGCCUGCGUGGGCUGGGUUGAAGGCUCUGCUGACUGCUGUCCUUGCCCACCACCCAAUUCCACCCCAGACGCAACUCAACUUCCCACACCACCAUGUCUCUCACCACACCUGGGGCUCGUUAUCUCCCACAACCAGACUGCCACGCCUCACCAACCCGGGUCCCCGGACCUCCUGGUGUCUGCCUCUUGGAUUCUGUGCACAUCUGCACAGUUGGGGGGGAAGAAACAUGAGACAGAAUUCAAUACAACAAAGAGAUGGAGUUAGUAUAGGAAUGUCCAUCUCAUAAGGCUGAGAGCUUUUAUGAGUUAUUCUUCUGGGGCUGCAAAUGUCUGAAGCCAGUUAUUGUUUGAUUACCCUGUGCAAAACCUUGGACAUACUUCUGCUAUGAACGCUAGGUAUUUAUCCUUUUCCACUUGCUUUUUGUACCCACCGAGCCCCUGAACUUUGGGUGUGUGUGUGGCAGAGCCUUGUAGAGAACUGCUCCUACGAGGCAGACAGGAUAGUGAGGCUGUCACCACUCAGACUUAACCUAUUUAGUAUUCUUUCUGAUUUCUAGAACUACCCACCUCGUUAGGCCUUCUUCCCAUCCCCAUCUCUGGUCUCUUGAGCUUAAGCUCGCCUUGUCCUGGAAUCAGUGGCUUUCUAACCCCCUGCCAGGCUUUGCCAAAGCAAAAAGACAGAGGCUUUUUUUUUUUUUUUUUUUAAAGUUUGGGGUCUGUCAGGAGAGAGAGGCUUUUUUGAAUUCACUGUGAAGAGAUGAACCCGGAGCUUAGGACGCCAGACCCCUGAGAGUCUUUCUGGCUGGUCUGAGUCUCUCAAAUCAUGGAUUAGGAGUAAAGAAAGAGGCCAGGCGCAAUGACUCAUGCCUGUAAUCCCAGCGCUUUGGGAGGCUGAGGCGGGCGGAUGACUUAAUGUCAGGAGUUUGAGACCAGCCUGGGUAAUACGGCAGAACCCCAUCUCUACUAAAAAAUACAAAAAUAGCCGGGCGCGGUGGCUCAAGCC